UUCAGGCUUGUGACGGUCCCUAUACACGGAUCGCAGCAGCCUUGAUGGGUGUGUGUUUAUUUCUGGACACAACUUUCACUUAGUGCCGGAAGUACGAAGAUCAUAUGUGAAUAUGGGGUAGCUCAACUGCAUUGGCUAUCCGUUAAUUGUCAUUUUUUUCGGAAGUGGAUCAGUAUAGUUGACGGCUGUCUUGUCGGUGGACCGGAUCUGAAAGGAAAAACGCGAGGAUAAGCACAAAAACGCACACGGCGCAGCUGUCGUGGUGUUGUUGCCGAUGGAAAGAUCAUCAUUAUCUGGUGUCCGUCUGUCCCUAAAGCAAAGAUAUUUGCUUCUGAUUUGUAUUGUUGUCGGAACCAUAAUUGCUUAUCAGUUUACAAGGAAUCAUACUGAUGUAAUAAAAAUGAGCCAUUUGGAGGGUCUCAGGGCUGACUCAUCACAGUUCACUCUGGAGACAAAACCUUUCCGCAUUCUUGGAGGCUCCAUCCAUUACUUCCGUGUCCCCAGGACCUACUGGGAGGACCGUCUGCUGAAGAUGAAGGCCUGUGGCCUCAACACUGUCACAACGUAUGUGCCAUGGAACCUACAUGAGCCCGAGCGAGGGGUGUUCAGCUUUGACGGUCAGCUGGAUUUGGAAGCCUACCUCCGCCUUGCAGCCAGCUUGGGUCUCUGGGUGAUUCUGCGUCCAGGGCCGUACAUCUGUGCUGAGUGGGAUUUAGGGGGACUGCCCAGUUGGCUAUUACGGGAUCAAAGCAUGAGACUGAGGACAACCUACUCUGGAUUCACUGAUGCGGUCAACUCCUUCUUUGAUCAGCUCAUCAAGAAAGUUGUUCCCUAUCAGUACUCCAAGGGUGGCCCAAUUAUCGCAGUUCAAGUGGAGAAUGAAUAUGGUUCCUAUGCAAAAGAUAAAGAAUACAUGUCUUUCAUCAAAGAGGCAUUGUUGUCAAGGGGCAUCACAGAGCUUCUGCUGACCUCAGACAACAAGGAAGGACUAAAGCUUGGAGGAGUGAAAGGAGCCCUAGAAAGGAUCAAUUUUCAAAAGCUGAAUCUGGAUGACAUCAAGUAUCUGGAUGAAAUACAACCUCAGAAACCUAAGAUGGUGAUGGAGUACUGGUCUGGCUGGUUUGAUCUUUGGGGAAAUCUUCAUCAUGUGUAUACAGCUGAGGACAUGAUACCUGUGGUCACAGAAAUUCUAAAACUAGAUAUGUCCAUCAAUCUUUACAUGUUCCACGGAGGGACAAAUUUUGGCUUCAUGAACGGGGCGUUUGCUGUUGGAAUUCCAGCCCCUAAACCUAUGGUAACAAGUUACGAUUACGAUGCUCCAUUAUCCGAGGCUGGGGAUUACACCACCAAGUACCGUCUUCUGAGGAAUUUAUUCAGCUACUACCACACCCAGCCUCUUCCUGACCUGCCCCCUCUUCAAGAGAGGAGAGCGUACCAGCCUGUUGUCAUUCGGCAGCACCUGUCGUUGUGGGACAGUUUGCAUUUCACUGACAAGCCCUUUAAAUCGGAGAAGCCGGUAAACAUGGAGAACCUUCCAGUCAACAAUAACAACGGUCAGUCGUAUGGCUAUACACUGUAUGAAACCACUAUUACCUGUGGUGGAGCCCUCAACUCACAGAACAACGUCAAAGACAGAGCACUGGUUUUUGUGGACAGAAAUUUUGUUGGUGUUCUGGAUUAUCAGAUACAAGAACUGGCAGUCCCUGAUGGCAAGGGAAAAAGAACUCUAAGUUUACUGGUGGAGAACAGUGGAAGAGUGAAUUAUGGGAACACCUUGGAUGAGCAGCGCAAAGGUCUUGUUGGAGAUAUCGAGUUAAACAAGCAGCUCCUCCGAGACUUCAUAAUUCAUAGUCUGGAUAUGAAGGCAGGCUUUGUAAACAGACUUGAGAAUUCAGGCCACUGGAAGUCUAUGCGUCUGCUUCCCUCCUUCCCAGGGUUUUUCCUGGCCAGACUUUAUGUGAACAGCUCUCCUAAAGACACCUUCAUCAAACUCCCUGGCUGGAGCAAAGGUGUCGUGUUUAUCAAUGGCAGGAACCUUGGACGUUACUGGUCCACUGGUCCUCAGCAAACUCUCUAUGUCCCAGGUCCAUGGCUUCACAAGGGGGACAACCAGGUCAUAGUGUUUGAAGAGCAGGAGACAGACGGUAAAAUCCAGUUCACCAUCAACCCUGACAAUGGCAUGACUGUAGACGUCCAGUGAGGACUGGAGGUGAGAGGGAAGGGUAGACAUGGAGUCGAGGAUGAUAUGGGAGUAGCUGGGGAGGACACAGUUUAGGCAACUGCUGCAAGCUUCGUCUACUCGCACACCAACAUCUGGCCAUGACCAGCAACACUCAAAAGUGACACGUCAUUGAACAUGACAUUUGUUUCUUACCAGAGGACACCCGCACAGGAGUAUAAUCAUCUUCCUCACAGCAGUUUUUCAGCUAGUGACUUUAUUUAUGACACUCAACUGACUCCUUUUUAUCCAGUUUACUAACCGUAUUAUUAACCUGCACUCAUAUACUAUAUAAUUGGAGACCAAGGGACUGUGACAGAGAAUGAUCUGGAUUCUAAUAGUGUUAGAAAAUCUCUUCCUCUUACAGACUUAAUUUAUAAAUUACAUCAAGGUUGUACAAAAACUAUGUGAAUAAAGACUGGUUUGACCUCUGUGUCAGUAGCCAAGGAAACGUGCGAAUGAGCUUAAUUUAACCUACACGCUGAGAGCCUGUUUGGUAUAUUUCAUAUAAAGGUACCUUCAUAUGAUAUGCUGUGAGCUCCUGCAGAGAAGUCAAGAUCACAAGCUGCAUUUGAAGAUCAGUUUCUGAAAACUCAUCUGUUGUGUGUGUGUGUGUGUGUGUGUGUGUGGUGCUAACCAGCCUGAAUACCGCCAUACAUAGUUGUUUUCUGUGUAAAGGUUGAUGCCAGAGCUGAAACUGUCACACUUGAAGACAAAGCAGUGUUGCACUGUUCAGAUAAGUUCAGAAAACCCACUGACUAUGACAAGGCUUUGUUGUAAUCAGUGGCGUUUUAAGUGGAUUUACGCAUCACUAUAUCAAAACAGUUUUCAUCACAUAGAGUAGUUCCUACAUAGAAAAGAUUUAUUACUAAAUUUUGCUGUGUAGCUAACUGUGCAGCUAAAAUGUUUAUUAAAGUACAGUGGCAGCUCCUUAAUGUAUGACCUGUUUAAAGAGGAAAACAAAUACUGAUAUGUGGUUAUGUGUUGUUUGGAUUAGCGUAAUCUGCUAUUUCCAGUCAUUUUUAACUUCUAACACUUCUAAUUCUGAAACCUAUAUAUUUAUGUAUGUAUGCAUAUACUGUAUAAAUAAAAGCUAUACCUAUACAUUUAAGAAUUAACAUGUAGGUUUUAUUUUAUCAUUUGGCUGCUUAAGUUUCUGAAACUUGUGUUACAGCCAGUGUACUUGCCAGUUGGAGAGCUAAAUAUCUUAGUGUUUACACAUUGCAAAAGUUUUUACAUGC